AUGAGAUACCUCCGCCUCCACGCCGCCACCGGGGGCCUGUCGUGCGCCCUCUGGGCCACCGCACAGGACAUGUCCCACACGACAUCCACUGUGACAACCUGCUUCGCCGAGGACGCGGUCAUGCCCACGCCUUGUCCAGGAGGCCCUGUCCCCGGCCGUGACUGCCUCGUCGACGGCCCUGGCUGCGGGGCUACCCUGCCUUCUGCUUCACCAGCCUCGCCGACGUCGUCUACACCAUCACGAGAUUCGCUCGGGCAUGAAGGAGGCCCGCGCGUCACCGACCGCCCCGGCGUCCCAGAGGGCUUCACCACCGCCGUCGAGACGUGCACCGCCUGCGGCGACGAGCCGCUCACCAGGACCAGGAUCUAUCUCGUCGACGGGGCACCCUACGUCCCCGUCGAGACGGCCCUGGCGGAACACCUCGAUGAGUCUGCGGGGCGAGACCCCGCGCAGAAGGCCAAGCAAGGGGGCGAGCACGGGAUCCUCGUAGGCGUCGCCCCGGUACACAUCGUCCGGGACAUUCUUCUGGCUGCCUUUGGCCUCGUCUUUGCCCCGCAGGCGAGCCAUCGGUCCAGUGGUCCAUCCUCGUGA